CUGAGCAACCUGCCCAUCUGAAGGAGCGACUCAGCUCUCCGUGAAAGUGGAAGAGGAAAAGCUCUGUCGCCACUGCUUUCCAGUUGCAAAUUUUGAGGAAUCUUCUGAAAGUGUUCCGUAAGAGGUCAAGCAGUCUCAAUGUCCCAGAUGGACUCCAGAAAUUUUUAUUCGUCACUAGUGAAAGGUAUUAAGAAUUUUGAUGUCACCGGGGGCUUCAACCCUUGCAAGCUUCUCGUCAAGGGAGACCGAGCUUUCCCUGUGCUGGUGAGUACAAAUGGCAAAAUACUAAUAGCCGCAUCCCAGUACGGGGCAGGCCAGAUGGUGGUGACGGCACACGAAGCCAUGCUGCAAAUGCCCCAAUUCCUGCCGUUCAUUAGAAACAGCCUAGAGUGGCUCAAGCCAUCCCCAACAGCAAAAGUGGGCGUCCAUCGGAACAUGGCCACUCUCUCUAAUCUGCUCAUCAGGAAUUCUGUUCAGGUGCAUCCGAAUGCCAUCCUUGGGGACUCCUUUGGGGUCUACUGUAUCAAUGCCUAUGACGACACACAAGCUCGCAGCCUUGUUCAGUUUGUAGAGAGAGGCGGGGGUCUGCUCAUUGGAGGGCAGACCUGGCAUUGGUCCUAUCAACAUGGAAAAGAGAAGGUGCUGGCUGAAUUUCCUGGCAACCGGGUGACUGGCGUGGCUGGAGUGUACUUCGCCGCCGCUACGGGAGACAAAGGGGUCUUCCCAGUGCAACAGGAUAUACCAGAGGUUUGCCCAAACCCUGAGUAAGUAUACCAAUUUAUCUCCAUUUAUUCUUGGGAGAAGAAGCAA